UCGACAUUUCUCCUAACUUUCUUGAUGUCGAACUCCAAAUUGCUCCCUCGCGUGCGAUAAAUUAAACCUCGCGUACGAAAACCGAUCUCCCUCAAUGUCCCUCGGGACUGUACUCGAACAUUAUUGCCUGAUGAAAGCCACAACCACAUAUUCUUUACUAACGAGCGUAUCAUGCAGGUCUAUUGCACUCACAACGAUACAGACUACUGGAAAGUUGUUGGACUGAUCGAAACAGACUUCCGUUUCCGACUCGAGCCACUUCAAGACGGUGUGACAUAUCAUAAGGCCACAGAUUCUCUGUUCGAAGCAGCUCGGCCGUAUAUCGCUUGGAGCUGUAUCUGUCCGGACGGCAUAGACAUGGAGGCCUUGUCUCCCAGAGACCCGAACGCCCACGUUAGAGCGAAGAAGGCAAUUAAGAAAGAACCCAGCAAGGCUAAGGCAUUAGUAGCCAAACUGACGGGAAAGGAAAAAGACCAUCCACCAGCACCUCCGACAGAAGUUCGUGAGCCACCUAGUUCGGAUCGCAGAAAUGGAGCCAUCUACAAGACGGGACGUUGUCUUGGCAAAGGAGGAUUCGCCAUUUGCUAUGAGGGACAACUCGCUGGUACCACGCAGAUCUAUGCUCUGAAGAUCGUCAAGAGUCAUAUGCCGCAAAAGAAGAUGGAGCAGAAGUUCCAAACAGAGCUUCAGAUUCACUCAAAGAUGCGACAUGCCAACAUCGUCCAAUUCCAUCGUGCUUUCUCCUUUGACAAAUGCACUUUCAUUGUCCUUGAGCUCUGUCCGAACGGAUCUCUCAUGGACAUGGUUAAGAAACGCAAGUAUGUCACGGAACCAGAAGUACGCUACUGGACAGUACAAAUGGCUGGUGCUAUUAAGUACAUGCAUGGCAAAGGCAUCAUUCAUAGAGAUCUCAAGAUGGGCAACAUAUUCUUGGAUAAGGAUAUGAAUGUCAAAGUCGGUGAUUUUGGUCUUGCAGCUUUGCUGGUUACUGGAAAGGACUGGCAGGCACAUCGACGAACCACUCUAUGCGGUACACCUAAUUAUAUUGCUCCUGAAAUUCUGGCAAAGGACAAGGGAGGACAUGACCAUGCUGUCGAUAUCUGGAGCUUGGGCAUCAUCAUCUUCGCUUUACUCACUGGCAAGCCUCCUUUCCAAGCUGCUACAGCAGAUGAGAUCUACCGAAGAGCUCGUGAGCUAGAAUACGAUUGGCCAAAGUUAGAUACAUCCGAGAAUUACAUUUCAGAUGAAACCAAAGAUCUGGUAGCUGCAAUGUUGCAAGCCCCAGAGAAGCGACCGGAUCCAGAUAUGAUUGUCCAGCACCCGUUUUUCACCUGUGGAUGGGUCCCUCAAGCCGAAGAAAUGACAACAUCGUUGCGUGAGAGACACCCUGACCCUACCCAAUUCUUGUCUGUUGGUGCACGAAACGGCAGAACCAGCCUCUACACCAAGAAUAUCAAGAAAUUGUGUAUCAAGUGCGAAGUCGGCCCCUGGAGUCCUGCAAGCAAGCAUCGUACGAGCACUUAUCGGGAAGUUGCUGAAGAGGAGAGGGCAGGACUCACACCGAUUGUUCCUCUCGCUGAGGAUGUAGUGUACCGACCCUUCAACGAGUUAUUGCAAGAGCAGAUCCAACAGGAGGUUGAGCGGCGCGAGCGAGCUGUUCAAACAGAAGGCGUUCAAGACGGACUUUCACCUGAGCCAAAGAAAAUCAAGACUGGUGAGCCAUCUAUGAGCCGCCCCUCAACACAAAGCUUUGCUGCCCAGCAACGAGCAAGACCAUUGGCAUCAGUAUCUAGCGCUCCUACACGACUAGUCAAGACACGGCAACCAUCUCAAGAGUCUAGCUCACGUGGCAUUCUAGGCCUGGCAAGCCGAACCAAGUCCCGCAAGGUCGAGGAGAAAUCUUCCGAGGACACUGCUGCGGUUCAAGACAGAUUGGCAGCAGAUCUUGUCAGCCAGUUGAACAAAGCUGAGGCCGAGAGAAAAGCUCAGCUUUUCGAGCCAUCACCUGAAGUCAAGCAGUCGAUAUUUAAUCCCAAACAAGAGGUUGAGACAGUCUCCAACACUAAUCCUGACUCCGUUCUGGAAGGUCUUCGUCGUCUUCAAGCCGAGCUAGAGCGUGCUCUCAACUCCAGAACUACUGCCAUUGAGACGAAGAAAUCCCCCCCAGCCUUCCCGAUCGUCAUCAAAUGGGUCGAUUAUACGAACAAGUAUGGUUUAGGCUACGUAAUCAGUAAUGGAAGCAUUGGUAGCAUUUUCAAAUCUUUACCUGCCGACUUCUCUCGUCCCGGCAAGGGCUAUCUACCACCAACAUGCCUCGUAGUUCGAGAUGCUGAGCGACAUCUGCAGAACAAGAGAAAUGAAGCUUAUUUGGAUCGCUAUGAAAUCGUCCCCAUCUCAGGUCCAAACCUCGAGUUCUACGAGAAUAGAUCUGAAGAUGGUCUGGUUCGAGUCAAGGUCAAUCCCAUGAACUACAAAGCUAUCCAUGGCCCAAAUGGCGAGAAUCCAAAGCUACCAGUAGGAAAGGAUGAAUACGAUGAGAGAAAGCGCGAGUUGCUGGUAUUAUGGAAGAAAUUCUCCAACUACAUGUAUUCAUUCGGAAAAGAUGCGGAAUACCCUUUCGACGAAGCCAUAGCCCGACGCCCUUCAGAACCCGAGACAGUGUCUGCUGGCAAUGUUGUUACGUUCUAUCAACGUUGGGGCGAUGUUGGCUGUUGGGCUUUCUGUGAUGGUCACUUCCAGUUCAACUUCCCUGAUCACACCAAAAUCGUUAUAUCUGCCGAUGGCACAUAUUGCAAUUUCUAUCAUCUCCCAAUUGAGGCUGCUCGAGGGCUGACCAUCAAUGGCGAAAUUCCACCAAAUGGACUGGACGAUCGAAGCAUGUUGACAUAUCCUCUUCAAACUCUCCUGAACUUCAUGGCCAAGCCAACCAAGUCCACGACAAGAAAGCGACCUGAGAUCAACCCCAUGAUUCAAGGCAUUCCCCAAGCCAACGACUUCCGCAGAAAGAUUGAGUUCAUCCGCGACGCCGUUAAGGAAUGGGUCUCCAAUGGCGGACUGGGCAACAGCGAUAUGGAACCCGAAGGACGAUUGAAGUUCAAGGGUUUCAGAGAGACUGCCAACGUCAAGAUCCCAAUGAAACACGUCUGGACUACCGUGGGGGCUCGAGGUGGUGAUGAUCGAAGAGUCGCAUGGUUUAAUCCCAAGAAGCCAGAUGAGAUCAUUCCAGAUAUCAAGUCUUGACUGUCUCCUACCUAGCUCCAUCAGUCUUAUCCAUCUGGACUGGUAUUCCGUCUGUGCGAUUCUUCGUUCCACAUUUCUAAGGAGCA